AUGGCGCCGCCGGCGUCCGCCGUGUCCAUGGAGGAGCUGGAGAAGCCCGUGAAGAGCGUGCAGGACAAGUGGAAGCUGCUGCCGUACUUCCUGCAGCUGCGCGGCCUCGUGAAGCAGCACAUCGACUCGUUCGACUACUUCACGUCCGUCGACAUGCGCAACAUCGUGCGCGCGCAGGCCAACAACGUCGUGCGCAGCGACGCCGACCCCAAGUUCUUCCUGCAGUACACGGACAUCCAGCUGGGCGCGCCCUCCAUCGACGAGGAGGCCUUCGUCAGCGCCAGCGUCACGCCGCACCAGUGCCGCCUGCGCGACCGCACGUACGCCGCGCCCGUCUACGUGAGCGUGCGCUACCGGCGCGGCAACAAGAUCGUGACCAACAACAAGGUGCUCAUCGGCCGCAUCCCCAUCAUGCUGCGCAGCUCGCGCUGCGUGCUGGCGGGCAAGAGCGAGGCCGCGCUGGCCAAGCUCAAGGAGUGCCCCUACGACCCGGGUGGUUACUUCAUCGUGCGUGGUGUCGAGAAGGUGGUGCUGAUCCACGAGCAGCUGUCCAAGAACCGAGUCAUCAUCGAGGAGGACGGCAAGCGCAACGUCUGCGCCAGCAUCACGAGUUCCACGCACGAGCGCAAGUCCAGGACCAACAUCUUCCUGAACAAGGGCCGCGUCUACCUCAAGUCCAACUCGUUCGGCAGCGACAUCCCCAUUGUCAUUGUGUUCCGCGGCAUGGGCGUCGAGAGCGACCAGGAGAUCGUGAGCCUGGUGGGCAGCGAGCCGGACAUCUGCGACGCCAUGUCCGCGUCCUUCGAGGAGGCCUCGGACCUCAAGGUGUUCACGCAGCAGCAGGCUCUCGAGUACAUUGGCUCCAAGAUGAACACACUCACGAAGAUCGGAGCCAUGGGAGGACGCAACCGCGGUGGCGCUGGACGGCCGCAGCAGGACCGCAACUUGGUGGAUGCUGCGCGCUCGGCGCUGGCCAACUUGGUGCUGAACCACGUGCCCUGUGAAAACUUCAACUUCCGUCUCAAGAGCAUUUACGUGGCGCACAUUGUGCGUCGUAUUCUCUUCACAGACAAGGACCGCACGCGCUUGGAUGACAAGGAUUACUACGGAAACAAGCGUCUGGAGCUCGCAGGUCAGCUGCUGUCGUUGCUGUUUGAGGAUUUGUUCAAGCGGUUCAACAGCGACUUGAAGCGUCAGGCUGACAUGGUGCUGAGCAAGCCGAACCGCGCGUCGGUCUUUGAUAUCAUCAAGUGCGUCCGCACAGACACAAUCACGCAGGGUUUCUACCACGCGCUGUCCACCGGUAACUGGACGCUGAAGCGUUUCCGUAUGGACCGUGCUGGUGUCACCCACGUGCUUUCGCGACUCUCGUACAUGUCGGCUCUCGGUAUGAUGACGCGUAUCUCGUCUCAGUUUGAGAAGACCCGCAAGGUCUCUGGUCCCCGUUCGCUACAGCCGUCGCAGUGGGGUAUGCUUUGUCCGGCCGAUACGCCUGAAGGUGAAGCAUGUGGCCUUGUCAAGAACUUGGCGUUGUUGUGUCACGUGACUUCAGAUGAGGAGCCUGGUCCGAUUAAGCGAUUGUGCUUUGACUUGGGUGUUACGGACGUGUCGUUGAGCUCUGGCGAGGAGAUCAACCACGCAUCGAACUACCUGGUGAUGCUGAACGGUGUGAUUAUCGGUACUCACGUGAACCCGCGUGCGUUCGUGACUCGUCUGCGUCGUAUUCGACGUGCUGGUCUCAUCGGCGAAUUCGUGUCUGUCAUGAUCCACGACGUUCAGCGCGUUGUGUACAUCGCUUCUGACGGUGGCCGUGUGUGCCGCCCGCUGCUGCUUAUUGACCCCGUCACACACCGUACUCGGUUAACUCAGCGUCACCUGGACGAGCUGCGAUCGGGAGUGCGCGACCUAAGCAGUCUCAUUGUGGAAGGUUGCGUGGAGUAUGUGGAUGUGAACGAGGAGAACAACUGUCUUGUGACUCUGCACGAAAGUGAGAUUGGAGACCGCACGACUCACUUGGAAAUCGACCCCGUGACGAUUUUGGGUGUUGUGUCGGGCCUUAUCCCGUAUCCUCACCACAACCAGUCGCCACGUAACACGUACCAGUGUGCUAUGGGUAAGCAGGCCAUUGGUACGAUCGCCAUGAACCAGUUCGAGCGUAUCGAUACGCUGUUGUACACUAUGGUGUACCCGCAGAUGCCUAUGGUGAAGACUCGUGUGCUGGACCUUGUGAACUUCGACCGUGUGCCGGCAGGACAGAACGCCAUCGUGGCUGUUAUGAGUUACUCUGGUUAUGAUAUUGAAGAUGCUAUCGUCCUCAACAAGGCCUCGCUGGAUCGCGGCUUCGGACGCUGCAUGGUGUUUAAGAAGUACCAGACCAUGAUCAAGAAGUACGCUAAUGGCUCGUACGAUCGUAUCGUUGGACCACCGGAUUUCGACAGCCUGGCUGCCCCCGGUGGCGCUGGCAUGGGUUUCCGGAAUGCCAAGUACUCGUCGCUUGAUGCGGACGGUAUUAGCCGCGUUGGAGGCAUUGUUCAGAAUGGUGCGAUCAUGAUCAACAAGGAGCAACCCACGCAGUUUAACGACUCGGUCGAUGGGCGUGACCCACUCGAUGUGACGUACUCGCCUUCACCGACGACUUACAAGGGACCUAUCCCAGCUUAUGUCGACAAAGUGCUGCUGACUUCAUCAGAAGCUAACCACUUCUUGGUGAAGGUGCUGAUCCGCCAGACUCGUCGUCCUGAAAUUGGUGACAAGUUUAGCAGUCGUCACGGUCAGAAGGGUGUGUGCGGUACCAUUCGCCAGCAGGAGGAUAUGCCGUUCAACGAUCAGGGUAUCUGCCCCGAUCUGAUCAUGAACCCUCACGGUUUCCCCAGUCGUAUGACUGUGGGUAAGAUGAUCGAACUGAUUGCAGGCAAGGCAGGCGUCCUCACUGGUCGUCGUGCUUACGGUACUGCCUUCGGUGAAAAGUAUGGAUCGGCUGACCAUGUGCUUGAUUGCUCGCGUGAGCUCGUCAAGAAUGGCUUCAACUAUGCUGGCAAGGACUACCUCACGUCGGGUAUUACGGGCGAGCCGAUUGAGUGCUACAUCUUCAUGGGACCGAUCUACUACCAGAAGCUGAAGCACAUGGUGAUGGACAAAAUGCACGCUCGUGCGCGUGGUCCGCGCGCCGUGCUCACCCGCCAGCCUACUGAAGGUCGUUCACGCGAUGGUGGUCUGCGUCUUGGUGAAAUGGAGCGCGAUUGUCUAAUCGGUUAUGGUGCCAGUAUGCUACUAAUGGAGCGCCUCAUGCUGUCCAGUGACGCAUUCAGCGCAGACGUGUGCCAGGGCUGCCGCAUGCUGGGCUACGAGGGCUGGUGCCAGCACUGCAAGUCAGAAGAGAAGGUGGUUAGUAUCCGCAUUCCUUACGCUUGCAAGUUGCUGUUCCAGGAGCUGCAGGCCAUGAACAUCGUGCCGAGACUGACGCUCAAGGAGUAUUAA